AUGAAUUCACGAGAGCUCGCUCUUGUCUCCACAGCCACAGUCUUUGGAGCUUUAGCUUCUGCUUUUGCUGUUCGCUACUUCUACUUCAGCAAUGGCAACUCCAGAAGGCAGUUCUCCAAACUCAAUUCUGUUCCAAACGGUGGCGUUUCGAAGAAAUGCUCAUCCCGGAGCCCCUUUGAUCCUUCCAAACGCAAAGAGUAUUUAUCAUGGGAUGAUUAUUUUAUGGCAAUUGCGUUUUUAUCAGCUGAAAGGUCUAAAGAUCCAAACAGGCAGGUUGGGGCAUGUCUGGUUAGUCAAAAUGGCAUAAUUCUUGGCAUUGGCUAUAAUGGAUUUCCAAGAGGUUGUUCAGAUGACAAGCUUCCUUGGGCAAAGAAAUCCGAAUCUGGGGAUCCUCUGGAGACAAAGUACCCUUAUGUUUGUCAUGCUGAAGUCAAUGCCAUUCUGAACACAAAUCAUGCUUCUGUUGCUGGGCAAAGGCUUUAUGUGACUAUGUUCCCUUGCAACGAAUGUGCCAAGAUAAUCAUUCAGUCUGGCGUGUCCGAAGUUAUAUACUUUAUAGAGAAGAGCUUAAACAAUUCAGAUACUGCGUAUAUUGCUUCACAUAAGCUGCUGUCCAUGACUGGUCAGAAAACAUCAACCCCAGAUGGACCAAAUUUUGAUCAAGUUCAAAGAGCCCUAGAUAAUGACUUUAUUGCUCUUCAUUUGCCAAGCCUGAUUGCCAUUUACAGUGGUAUGGUCGAGCCAGAUUAUCAGUUUAUAACCUGUAUGUUGCAUCUUCAUGAACCGACAAAUGGAACCUCUCACCUCACUAUCAAAGAUUAUACCAUCUAUCAUAAAGGAUUCUUGGAUGAUAGCUUUUACUGUUGCAUCUGA